AUGAUCAGAAAAUGUAGAUCCAAGUUAUUUUGGCAGAAGAACCUUGAACGUCCAGAGCUGUUAGAGAUCAUGGACCAAAUUGUGAAUGAAAACGAUGGAGAUCAUGUGAAGUGUGAAGUAUUUAAGGAAGCAGCAUCUGUUUUACCAAGUGAACAUGGAAACCUGAAACAAGAGAAAACAACCAUGACCAACUUGGAUGCUGUUAAAGCUGCUGGGUUGAGGCCUCAGACAUCACACACUCCAUCACCACCUGAAUGUUCAGUCAGCCAGUUCUCUACACUGAGGAUUGUGCUGGUGGGGAAAAGAGAAGACAGAAAGAUAAAACUUGGUAACUUCAUUACUGGGAAUGAAGAAUUUCAUUGCCAAAAAAAUCCCGCCUGUGGAGAGUGGAGAGGAAAACCAUUGACUGUAGUAAAAACUGCAGAUAUCUUCAGUCAGUCUAAGCAGACAGUGAGAGAAGAAGUGAAAAGGUGCAUAAAUCUGUGCUUCUCUGGACCAAAUGUUCUGCUGCUGUUAGUGAAACAUUCUCAGUUCAGUGAUGACAAAAAAAGACUGCAGUUCAUCCUGAGUUUGUUUGGUCGAGAUGCUUUUAAACACUCCAUGGUCAUCAUCACACACAAGGAGAAAGCAACAAGUUUCACUGUGAAUCAGCUGAUUAAAGACUGUGGAGGAAGAUAUUACAACAUGUUUGAAGAUGACCACAAACAGUUAAUGGAGAAGAUUGAGAACAUUGUUCAUCAAAACAGAGAAACCUUUCUCACCUUCACUGAACAGACCAGAAGACCAAAGUCUUUAAACCUGGUUCUGUGUGGGAGGAGAGGAGCAGGGAAGACUUCAGCAGCCAAGGCCAUUUUAGGUCAGACAGAGCUUCAUUCGGUCUCCAGCUCAUCAGAGUGUGUUAAACAUCAGGGAGAGGUGUGUGGAUGUUGGGUUUCUCUGGUGGAGCUGCCUGCCUUGUAUGGAGAACCUCAGGAGGCAGUGAUGAAGGAAUCAUUCAGGUGUAUCUCCCUCUGUGAUCCUGAGGGUGUCCAUGCCUUCAUCCUGGUCCUACCUGUCGAUUCCCUCACUGAUGAAGACAAGGGAGAGUUAAUAACCAUCCAGAACACAUUCAGCUCUCGAGUCAAUGACUUCACCAUGAUUCUGUUCACUGUGGAGUCAGAUCCUACAGCUCCAGCUGUUGAUGAUUUAAUAAGAAAGAACAAAGAGAUCCAGGAGCUCUGUCAGAGCUGUGGAGGAAGAUAUGUUGUUCUCAACAUCAAGAACAAGCAGCAGAUCUCUGAGGUGUUGGAUACUGUGGAGAAGAUGAGACAAUCUGAAAAUAAACCAUGUUGCUAUACAACAGAGACCUUUGCACAUGCCCAGAUGGAAAAAGUCAUAAAACAACAAGCUGAACUUGAGAAGCUGAAAAACAAGAACAAAAUCACUCAAGAGCAGAGCUCAGAGUGUCUCAGGAUUGCUCUGAUAGGGAAGACUGGCAGUGGAAAGAGUUCUUCAGGAAACACCAUUCUGGGAAGAAAAAAGUUUGAAGCCAAAUCAAGUCAAACAUCAGUCACCAAACAGUGUCAGAAAGAACAGAGUGAAGUGGAUGGUCGUCGUGUCGUUGUGGUCGACACUCCUGGUCUGUUUGACACAAACUUGUCCAAUGAAGAGGUUAAUGAGGAGAUGGUGAAAUGCAUCAGUCUUCUGGCUCCAGGACCACAUGUCUUCCUGUUGGUGUUACAGAUUGGCAGAUUCACAGCAGAAGAGAAGGAGACAUUAAAACACAUCAAGGAUGCCUUUGGAAAGGAUUCAGAAAAGUUCACCAUCAUUCUUUUAACAGGAGGAGACAAACUGCAGCAUGAUGACCAGUCCAUUGAAGAAUACAAAGAGAAGGAAUGUGAUGAAUCCUUUAAGAAGCUGAUUGCUGACUGUGGAGGAAGAUACCAUGUGUUUAAUAACUAUGAUAAACAAAACCGCACACAAGUCAGUGAGCUGAUAAACAAGAUUGACUCCAUGGUGAAGAAAAAUGGCGGCAGCUGCUUCACCAGUGAGAUGCUGCAAGAGGCCGAGGCAGCAAUAAAGAAGGAAGUGGAGAAGAUCCUGAAGGAGAAGGAAGAAGAGAUGAAGAAAGAGAGGAAGGAACUUAAAAGGAAACAUGAAGAAGAAAUGGAGGCAACGAAAAGACAAAUAGAAGAACAGAGAGCAGAGAUUGAACAGGAAAGAGAACUGAGAGAGAAACAACUUCAGGAAAAGGAAGAAAAGAUUCAGAAAGAGCGAGAAGAGAGAAAGAAAGAACAGGAAGAGAGAGAAGAAGAAGACAAGAAGAGGAAAAGGGAGGAAGAAAUUCAGCGACAGCAGUGGGAACAGGAACUUGCAGCUUUGGAGAAAAAGAUGAAGACAGAAUCAGAAGAAAAAGAAAUCAUUGAUAAAAAGCUGAUGGAGAGCAGAGAAGAGAUGAGAAAAGAACGAGAGGACUGGGAGAAGAAACAACAAGAAAUGUGGGAGAAACGAAAGCAAGAAGCUGAACAUAGACGACAGGAGGAGGAGAGAAGAAUAAAAAAGCUUCAAGAUGAAUAUGAACAGGAAAAGGAAGAAAAGAUUCAGAAAGAACGAAAAGAGAGAAAGAAAGAACAGGAAGAGAGAGAGGAAGAAGACAAGAAGAGGAAAAGGGAGGAAGAAAAGCAACGACAGCAGUGGGAACAGAAAUAUAAAGCUUUGGAGAAAAAUAUACAAUCAGAAUCAGAAGAAAAAGAAAUAAUUGAUAAAAAACUGAUGGAAAGCAGAGAAAAGAUGAGAAAAGAACGAGAGGACUGGGAAAAUAAACAAAAAGAAAUGUGGGACAAACGAAAGCAAGAAUAUGAACAGAGGCGACAGGAGGAGAAGAGAAAAAUAAAAAAGCUCCAAGCAGAAUAUGAACAGGAAAUGAAGGAAAAGAUUAGGAAAGAACGAGAACAGAGAAAGAAAGAACAGGAAGAGAGACAAGAAGAAGACAAGAAGAGGAGAGAACAGGAAGAAAUUCAGCAAAAGGAAAGGGAACAGAAACUUGCAGCUUUGGAGAAAAAGAUAAAAUCAGAAUCAGAAGAAAAAGAUACGAUUAAUAAAAAGCUGAUGGAGAACAGAGAAGAGAUGAGAAAAGAACGAGAGAACUGGGAGAAGAAACAAAAAGAAAUGUGUGAGAAAAGAAAUCAUGAAGAUGAACAGAGACGACAGGAGGAACAGAGAAGAAUAAAAAAGCUCCAAGAAGAAUAUGAACAGGAAAGAGAAGAAAAUAAAAAGAAAAGAAAAGACGAAGAGCAAAUCAUAAGAAAACAAGAGGAGAAAAAGAGAAAAAAAUUAGAGGAGAACUAUAAGAAACAACUGGAGAAUGUGAAGAACACAUAUGAAGAUGAAGCCAGAAAGAAAGCUGAAGAGGUCAAUGAAUUCAACAAGAAACAAAUAAAAGAGUGGGAGGAAAAAUACCAACGACAACUCACUCAGUUAGCGCGCUGUCUGACCAAAACCAGAGGGAAUCUGGAAAGAAUCAUUGAUUUACUGAAAACACAGGAAAAGGAAAUGGGAAAAAAUGAAAUUGAAAAAGAAAACGAAUUAAGUGACUUGAUGCGAACACUUGUGAAGGAAACUGACAGUUCCAUGUGCAGUAUAUUAUAGCUGAGAUGCAGCCUAAA